AUGCUUUCCUUUGAGAUGAAUGAUCGAAAAAAGAUUGGAUUAGGAUUAACUGGCUUUGGUAUAUUUUUCUCUUUCCUUGGGGUUAUCUUCUUCUUCGAUAAGGGAUUGCUAGCUAUGGGAAAUAUCUUGUUUGUUUCCGGAGUGUCCUUAACCAUUGGGCUGAAGUCCACUAUGCAAUUCUUCAUGAAACGAAGUAAUUUUAAGGGAACAAUCUCAUUUGGUAUUGGGUUCUUGAUUCUUAUGGUGGGAUGGCCUAUUUUGGGCAUGAUUAUUGAAGCUUACGGAUUCAUCGUACUAUUCAGUGGUUUCUGGCCUACACUGUCUGUUUUUAUACAGAAGGUUCCUGUUCUUGGUUGGUUGGUUCAACUGCCAUUCAUCCGAUCGUUAUUUGACCGGAAUAGGGGUAAAAGAAUGCCUGUGUAG